AUGGCCGCCGCCAUAAACCUGUGGUAUGCACCAUCUCUGCCCGAGGCCUUUCGCUUCAAACACAUCCGUGACCGCUCCGAGUGCCGGAGGAAACACAAGGAUGCGCUUCUGGUUGAGUACAACCCAACUGCGGCCAAUUUUCAAAAGUACGUUGGAAAGGUCGUACAUCCGGAAACGGACGGGACAACUGCCGUCUUGAGGGAUCAUGGCGACAUAGUCGCCCAUGAGAUCGGUCAUGUCUUCGGCCUCUACCAUGAACAUCAAAGUCACGGCUUUCAGCAGGGUAUUCACUAUCUGAUGGAUGAAGAGGUUUGUGGCCCGAAUGGUGUCUGUGUCAACCAAGCAGUUACCAGCGCGUAUGGGUUCACUGCUUCUGAAUUUCUUCUAGUGCAUCUAACCACGCGUUUUAUGAGACGAGAACCAGCGCGGGCUCCCAUCGAGGCGGAUGUGGACUGGAAGUCCCUCAUGCUGUACGCCAGAAGCUCUGGAUUGAAAAUAUCAAUACCCCCAGCAUGGUUGACGUCUAGGCCCUGA